AUGGCGACCUCGCCGAAAUGGCUUCACUUAAGGAGAUCAAAAACUACCCAAGAGAACUCUUCAUCUGAAUCCAAAAUCCAGGCAACUCUACGGUCACUCAAACUCCAAGUUUUUCGACAUCUGACCAAUUUUACAAAGCCAGCAGAGCCAAAGAAGACAGCGAUAUAUAAGGACCGGGCCGCAGCUUCUCUGCAUGUCUUGCUCCAUCUGCCCCCAGUCGCUGGUGCCAUCACGAUCGUUGUUUUCAACCUAACAUCCACGUUCUUGGGUCCUGUUCAAAUCAAUGUUCUACCAACGUUACAGUUUGUUGCAAAAUUCCUCGAGAUCUUGAUCCAGGCUUCUAUCGCAGCUAUUGUCCUUGCAAUUAUCAGGCUUUGGGCAUUUGGCACCAAUGGACUCCCCUAUGGCGGACUUAUCGUACCAUAUCGCACGCAGGACAUCUCCUCUCUCUGGUCCCUAGAAUUCUGGGCAUGUCUCACAGCUCCAGGCCUCAGACUGCGAAGAAAGGUGCUCCUGGGCCUGAUCCUUACAACUGCAAUAGUCCUUGCCCCCGUGGUCGGUCCUAAGGACCCUACUUGGUUGUAG